AUGACUGGAAAAUAUACUUCAGUACUUGUAAAUGAUCCCUAUACUUUAGAAAAUCUAGCUAUAAAUACUUCAGUUACCUUUUUAACAUGGUUUAAAAAAAAAUAUAGUACAGAAAUAGUAGAAAGCAAAUGGAUAGUGGAAAGAUUCUUAUCUCAAGAACAAUUCAAUUCAGCAGAUACACCUGAUAUGUAUAGAGAAAGAAUAAGACCAUAUUUAACCUAUAUAUCAUAUGCUGAUCUAUUACCAUAUCUUUAUUAUCAUUUGUUUGAAAACAUUGAAGUUCAAAUGAGAAUGAAUUCACCUGCAGAUAUUAAUGCUUUCUUUAAUAGUCUUACUAUAAUUUGUUGUGAAUUAAAUCAAAAACAAGCUUUUCAGAUUAGACAAAAUAAAAAAGUACAGAAAACAUCACCACUUAAACCUCUAAAAGAUAUAGAAGAAAUCAAUACUACUGCAUUAUUUAAAGAAUUAUAUAAUCUUGAAUAUAGAGAUGGACCUAUA